CCAUUCCAGACUCCAGAUUUAGAGACUCAGACUAGAUCUAGAACUAGAUUCUAGACUCAAGUCGCUAGGGCCUAGACUCUGUCACUCUAACUCUACAGACUCUACACUGACUACAGUCUAGAGACACCAGUCUUACUAUUAGACAUUAGUAAUUAGUCUUAGUGAUUAGUGAAUCUAGCAUCUUCAACUUCAAUCUUAUUUUUAUAUCUACCACUAUAUAAGUCUAGAGACCAGACUCCAGAGUCUAGUUACUCUAAUUGAAAAAAAACUUUUAGAAUCUACUUUUAAAUGUACUACUAUUAUAAGUAGACUGAAUCUAAAUGAAGUAGUGGUCAGAAACUUGACACCCAUUGUUGAUGCCUUCCACUUCAGAUAAGCACUAAGUUACAGUUAAUAACACCUUAAAGAUGACGCCCAGGAACAAUCAACCUCUUGUCACAGGUGUCUCUCCUAAAGAGGGCCCUCCAGGAACCAGGAUAACUAUUAGAGGUGAAAAUCUAGGAAAUGAUCCUCGUGAUCUCAUAGGUUUAAAAAUUUGUGGUAUGGACUGCCUGCUGUCAGCAGAGUGGAAGUCGUCCAGUAAAAUUGUGGCUCGUACAGGUCCAGGUAAAGGUAAAGGGGACAUCAUUGCCAUUACUCGGUCAGGUGGCAAAGGCAGUUGUACAGUGGGCUUCAGAGGAUACUUCUUACAGAUUGGACCACUGCAAGAUUCUGCUGUAUGGAUUGAUGAGUCGCAGACUGUUAGGCCCAACCUUGACCAUGGUAGACCCACAGCAUCUGCUGCUGCUAAAGAAGAGGAUGAUCCACUUGGUAUAUUAGAUGAAGGAGACAGAGCCAAGUUGACUGAAGAUGAAUUGCUGGAAAUGUUCCAUGAUGCAUCAGGUAGCAUGUCUUUAGAGAAUUUUUCACCUGGUUGGUACCUGCUGGAACAUCACCAGAAUGCCAGUUUUGAAGAUCUUAAAGCUGGUUUAAGCUUUAUGAAGAGAAAGGCCAGCCAGAGAUCUGAAGGCCCCAUUACAAUUGUCAGGUCAAACUUGAUGUCCAUCUUAGAUUGUUUGGACAGCUUAACAGAAAUGUAUAAAAAGUACAAUGAAGACGACAUACGUGGUAACUGUAUGAACUCAUAUGCUGUGCUUCUGAUGCAAGCCAAAUCUUGUGCUGAUGGUCUUUUCCAAGAAGUCUUAGGUCGUAAAGAUAAAGCAGACUCGACAAGGAAUGCUCUCAGUGUUAUACAGAAGUUUCGUUUCCUGUUCCACCUGCCCCUCAACAUACAGAGGAACAUACAAAAAGGAGAUUACAACAUGGUGAUCAAUGACUAUGAGAAGGCCAAGUCACUCUUUGCUGACACAGAAAUCAAAAUAUUUAAAAAAGUGUAUAGAGAGGUGGAGAAAAGAAUCUCAAGUUUUAGAGACAUGUUGUACAAGAGAUUGAAAGAUCCACACAAUACACUGGAGGAACAGAAGAAACUGAUCAGAUAUUUAAUCAGCUUGGAGUACAAAGGAGAUCCAGCAUGGGAGUGUUUAGAUAACCAACAGAAGUGGUUAAUUGAGCUUCUGGAUGAUUGUAAAGAUGACCAUAUUGAAGAAGAAAAGAACUGUGUCCAGGAAAACUUAGCAUCAAAUCAAAGCAACAAUCAGUGGAAACCUCUAAGUCGAGCUAACAAAUCACCCACCAAGUCUGGUUUAUCACGGGAGUCAAGUUUCUCUUCUCUUUCUUCAUCUGAUCACCAAGGUUCUUGGAGGUUUAAAACACCACAGAAAGUUUUAUUCAUUGAAGAUAUAACUGAUAUAAUGAUGCAACAUUUUCCUGACUUUUGGAAGCUAGGACAAAGUUAUUUUACUCGUGAGUCAGAGAAAGGCGUGAAAAUUGAUACCAGCAAACAUGGGAAAAUGAAGCUAAUGAUGACUGAAAUCAUAACUCUCUUUGCAAACUUUGUUCGGGCUGCGUUCUUGCCAGAGUCUUUGGAGAAUAUGUCUGAAAAUGAGAGAGAAAAGCUUGGUGUUUGGCCGUCAUCUGGCAAAUCAGAACAUAUCUCUGGGGCUUGGUUACCAACAUGUGUUAGAAACAUUAGAAACUGUGCUAACACGUUAUCAGCUCUAGAUUCAAAUAGCGACUCUGUGAUGAUUGUUCUCAAUGAACUUGCGUUUGACAUGCGAACCAACUGUAUGUUUACAUUGCUCAAACAAGCCAUCAUGGAUGUGAAAAAUGUUUACACCAAAGAAACUUGGGUGGUAGAAACAGAUGAUGAAUCAGGGGGCACUACUCAAUUGCCAGCACUGUUUGAAAAUAUUGUGAAUGAAACAGUACAACACCUGCAUGAGGUAGUGGUAAUGAACAAGGCUCCUGAACCUGAGAUCUUCAGCCAGAGACCCAUUCAGAAAGAGGCCACACAGCUAUGUAGUCAGCUGCUCCAAGCUUUUGCUGUGUGCAUGGAACAACUUGUCUUCACACCUCCCUUGCAGAAAACUGAAAACAAACAUGUUAAGAUCACCAUUGGACAGGACAUGGAGCUAGAACAACAUGAUGAUCCCAUUCCAUCCUUGGAUAAGAGAUUGAUCAUCAUGUUAAGUAAUUGUAACCACACAAUAGAAGUCGUGAUUCCACGGAUCAUUGAGAAUUUGACAAAACAUGGAUAUGUGGAAAUGGAGAAGGCAUUAAAAGCAGCACAAGAAGCUUAUAGUGCUCUGGACAACAGGCUGUUCCUUAGCUACAUAGAACAGAAAGCUGACCCCAUACUGGGCAUCAUGGAGGUCAAUAUGUACAAAGGUGGUUUUAACUGGAAGACCUGGAAAAAUCCCACCGGUGUCCGCAAAUAUUUGAAAGAUAUUGUCAUGAGCCUGAUAGAAGUUCAUGCUGAGGUUUAUGGAAUUUUCCCCAAGUUUGUGAUGCGAGUGAUGAAGAAAAUAACAGAGUCAGUGUGUGAGGAGCUCUCUCGACUUAUACAAUGUGUCCCAGACUUUAAUGCAGGGGGUGCUAUACAAGCUCGACUUGAAUUAGAAGCUUUACGCAGCAUGACCCGAAUUUAUAACACACCUAAAGUACAAUCUUGUUUUAAAGAAGCAUUUGACUGCAUCCCAGAACUGUCAGAGGAAGGGAAAACUGUCGUGGAUCAGCUGUUAGAUAAGUUCCGUGCCACAAUGAAAAUCCAGUUAAUGUGCUUUCAACCUGAACUGUCUCCCUCCACAGUUAAAAGGGCGGCUCGUCUUGGCUCCAUGGUUUAGUAGGAGGAUCAUUCGAGAGUGGGCUACUUAAUAAACGUUCUUCAUGUCUUUCUUGGCACUUAUAUGUGUUAUCAAUUUAUAAAGUACUUCCAAAUUGAGACAGGAUGAUGUCAUAGUUAGUUUGGUAACAAUAUUGCUUCCCAAAACAAAGAAAUUGACCAGGCCAUUGCUGUUUCUCCUAACCAGUUUGAAAGUACUAAAACAGUUUGCAACAAACAUGGGUCAACAUAUGUAACAAGCAAAGGUCCUUUCUUCACAAGUUUUGGCAACUCUGGAUACAUGUAACAUUUAUAAAAGGAAAAUAUUCUCUAUGCUUACCUCUAUCCAUGGUAAUAGUGUUUGCCAGACAGGAUUGGAGGAUUCAAUAAUGUGGCCAGACAGGAUUGAGGUAUUCAAUUUCAUGGUGUUGUACUUCCUAGUCUGUACCUUUUUUUUUGUGUACAUAUUUUUUUUUUUUUUUUUUACAAAGUUAGCCAGAGCAGAGUGAAAUUAAGAAUUGUGUUUUAAAGCUCAAGUGAUUCUAUUGGUAAAAAAAAUAAAAAAAAUUAAUCAGUUUUGUGAUUAUCUUGAUGCUAGAAAUAUUUUGUACAUGUGAAAAUGUGAUAAAAUAAUUGUAUACAUUUGUGUUCUAUUUAAAUGAACAAAAGUAAACAUUGAAUAGCGCCUAGCAAACAAAAAGUUGUUCUGAAAGCUGUGUGUUGCCAUUGACUGUGUAUUCUAUAAUCUUUUUUAAUAUGAAAAUUUGUGAUAUGAACGUUUAAGUGUAGUUUUUAGAGUUUGAUCCUUUUUUAAGAUUGUUUUAAGAAUGUUGAUCAAAGAUACUGAAAUGCUAUAUUAGAAAUACUCAUUGUUUGCUUAUCAAAUGUUUGGGUGUACUCUUAUACAUGUUUUUCUCCGACUUGGUAUCAGCUGAAAUUUUUGCACAGUUAUUGAUUGUUAAUGACAAUACAUGAAUUAAUAAAAAAAUUAACCAUGUAUUUAAUCACUUUGUGCUAAUUAAUAAAUUUUGUUUUAAAUACAAAAAGGAGAGAUAAACCUUGUAAUAUUGUGAUAGGUCUCUCUCUUUACUUAACAUAAAAAAAAAAAAAGAAAAGAAAAGGAUUGUUUAAAUAUUUUGCUCAUUUUGAAUUGAGUGUACAUCUUUUGUUGCUUCCAUAUCUCUAUCCAGUUAGCUCUCUAUAUUCUCCUGUAAAUUUGUAGGCUUGUAUGUUAAGUCUUUAUACAUGCCAUUGAGAAAGUUGAUGUAUUUCAAUUUUACUUAUGAUGUAUAAAUAGCUUUUAACAUUGUUUUUGCAUCCAGUAGGGGAGGUAACUUCAUUUCUUAUACACUACAAGGGAGAAAAAUAAUUGAAAAUUGUUCACAGUAGUCUCCCCUUGCCACGUUAACUAUAACGUCUCAUCAGAUAUUUAGUAUCACUGAUUGUAAAAAAAUUGCAUUUGUGUAUGUAAUAAUAUUUUAAAUAAAACUACAGUUUCAUUCCA